UAAUUGAUCUGCGCUUGCGCAUUAGAGAAGCAUAAUGUCGUGAAGCAACGAUUGACGUCAUACGAUUGUCGUAUCAGUUCAUAUUUUCGACGAUUUCCUGAGAGUUGGGGUAGUUUCACAGGUAAACCUCGCUCCGAUGCAAAGAUGUGGUGGUACUCUCUACCCCACAGUGUGUAUCAUCUUAUCAGAUGGUUUCCUAAAACAAACAGACUCAAGAUCCGUAUAGUGAUCUUUCUGUUUGCUUUUGCAUUGCUGAUCCCACAGUUCUUUGUACUUACCACAGAGCGUUCAUCAAGGUACUGUGGGCAGCAUCUCUUUGAUAUGUUGAUUGUCUCCAUCGUAUUCUCCUUCUGCAUGACAGGUUUUGUUGUGUUAUUUUCCAUCCUGGACCCUGUACCCUACGAGGUCAAGCUGAUUUUCCACAUCUUUGGGGGCGUGUCUUUCCUCGUUGGACUCAUACUCACAAUCUUCACAUCACUGGCCGUUGAAUGUAGGACAAACACAGCUGAGCUUUACUACUUCUCUCUGGCUUCAACUAUCUUAUGCAUGAUAGCAGCAGUGUUUGUGAUCCUGAUGCUGCCUUUCUGGAUCAUCAAUUAUUUCUACCCUGGCUCUGUGUUGGAUCGCAAACAACGAACCGGGAUCUGCUAUGAACCUACCAACUGCUGCUCAUGUCUCUGGCACAUCUAGCUUCGACCCAGGAACAACAGUUUAUAACGUCACUUUACAAGGGGCUGUAUUCAAUUCAGUAUGCGGAUUAAGUUAGUAUUUUACUUGGCUAAGUAAUAUGUCUCAAGUUUUAUUCAGAUAAUCUUUUGAGCAUUUUGAUUUUAAAGCAAGUUGACUUUAAGGCAAAAUGCCAACUGAUAGGCAUUGUGAUGUCACAUGUACAAUCCAAAAUUAUGCACAGUUAAUGUGUCACAUUAGAUGUGUCCUCUUAUAAUUUUACGCAGCUUAAGAUAACUGCGUAUGAAAACCAUAUGCCUGC